CAACACCAUCCACAUCCGUCUCACAUUUGUCUUGAUUGUCUCGUCUUGUCUUGUCUCCUCAUCCUCCAUCAUCCAUCCUGCUCCGACGCUUUCUCCACGUCUCCGCUCACCUCCCUCCUCCUCUCCCCUUUCCUUCCCCUCGGCGGUAACUCGCACGGUCAUUCUCAACAAGCGCACCGCGCCUGAUCGUAGCCCUCGAUCGUAUCGUCGUAUUACCGCCAAGUCACCGCUCGACACCGCCCCUCGCCCCACCCACACCACCAACACACCGCCGCUGCAUCUAAUCCUUUCUCGAGUGCCCUACUUGGUCUCCAUCACCUGUCUGGGACAUACGGUUCCCCUCCCUCUACUCGUCGCGGCGCCCCUCCACCCUUCUCCCACACCGUAGCCGACCACCAUCAUGGAGCCCAAGGUUCUCGGCACCCUCGUCGUCGUGGUCGGCACCGCUAAAAACUUGCCCAACAAGAGUCGCUUUGGCAAGCAGGACCCGUUCUGCACCUUACAGAUCGGCAGCGUCAAGCGCCGAACCCAGCCUAUCAAACGCGGCGGACAGCAUCCGGAAUGGGACGAGGAGGUACGCUUCGCGAUCCACGAAGAUGUGGACGACAUGUUGGCCGCGUCGACCUCCAAGCCCUUGCCCGGCGAGCCCGGCGUCGUGACUCCGCAGAGCAUGGCUAACAAGUCGCGCAAGCCGGCAGCAAAGAAGGGCGCCAAGGUCAUGAAGCUCGCCGUGUGGGCCGAUGACAUAAAGGAGCCCGAGCUCAUUGGUGAGGCCAUCGUCAACUUUGACGAGGCAUUGACCAAGGGCGAAGUAGAUGAUUGGUGGAUCCUCCAGUCCAAGGACGGCAAGGACAAGUACUGCGGCGAGGUGUACAUGGAGAUGACUUUCUUCUCCAAUGCGCCUCCACCCAAGAAGAACCCGCCCCCGGGUCAGCAGGGCCAGAGCCCGGUCCGUCCUCCUGGGCGACCAGGUCUGCCAACGAGCGCCUCCAUCUCGGGCAUGAACCUCUACAUACCCCCUUACCAGCAACCGCAAGGCGCACAAGCUCCGCCUCAGCGGCCACCAGCGCCGCCACAGCCGCAGGGAUAUGCAGGCCACGCGCCCCCGCACGCCCCGCAGGCUCCACAGAGGCCGGUAUCCAGCACGUACGCUUCCAAUGGCUUCGCUGAGCUGGGACUUCCCCCGCAGCCUCCUCAGCUGCAUGGUACCGGCGGCAGACCCCAGACGGCGGCCGCGAACGCUCUCGCCUCGCAGAUGGGUUCGAUGUCGCUUGGCCCCUCGCACCAACAGCGUCCAGGCGGCAAUGCGCACCAGGCCGCAACGAUUGGGCAUGGAAGGCCGCAGUCGGCGUACAUUGCGCCACAGCACCCGGCGCCGCCACCGCCGCCGCCCCAGCUCCAACAGCAGUCAUCGCAGAGCGGUGCCGCUGCACCUUGGGCGGAUCUCCUUCCGCAGAAUCAAGGCCAGCAGCAGCAGGCCCCUCCCUUGCCCCGUCCCAUGAGCUCGGUCGACAUGGGCGCGUACAAUCCGAGUGACCCGCGCGCUUCAGCGAUUCCACCCCGCCCGCACUCGUCCAUGCAGCAGCAGCAGCCGGCGCCUUUGCCGAUGCCCUCCCAUGGUCGGACUGGGUCACUGUCUCACAGCCUCGCCCCGCCGGUUGUGGGCUCGCCGCCGGUCCAGCAGUACGGCAGCAACUUCCAGCCUCUGCCUGAGCCUCCCAGAACCACGAGCCCGGCGCCCUUUGGUGUGUUCCAGAACGCUCCGCCUGUGCCGCCUGUGCCGCCCCAGCCUCCUCAGCAUGGUGGCUACCAGCAGCCUCAACAGCAGCAGGCAUAUGCCCCCGCCCAGCCUCCCGCGCAGCCAGCGUAUAACACUCCCCAGCCUCCUCGACAGGGCACGUGGCCCCAGACGGGCAAUCAACAGGGCUACCAACAGCCGGGGGCAUCUCCGCAGCAGCAGUAUGCCGCUUCGCCUGGCGUAUCGCCGGGCCCAACGGCUUCCCAAUACGGUUCACCGGCUCAGCAGCACCAGUUGCCACAAGCACCGCAGCCGCCACACCGCAACUCUCUACCUGGCACGUCGGUAGCGCCGAGCACAACCACCGGGCCGUAUGUGCCAUGGCACAUGCAGACUCCAGCAAACCAAGGCGGCCAGAGUGGAGCUCCUGCACCUCCCGCUCCUCCCGCCCGCCCCAACGCGGGAUACUACCCCUCGGACGAGCUUUACGUUGCGCCGCAGCAGCAGCAGCAGCAGCCGCUUCCGCAAGCUCCUGUGCACCAGCAGUCUCUCCCGCCCCAGCAGCCGCUGCCGCCCGCGCACCAGCCUCCUCCUCCAAGUUUGCCUCAGGCACCGCAGCCUCCCCCUCCUCCGCAGAACUAUGGAUACACAUCGCCGCCGCUGCCUCAUCAGGCUGCUCCUUCAAUGCCGACAUUCAGCCCGCCGCCGCAGGCUCCAAUGUCGACAUUCAGCGCGCCGCCGCAGGCUCCAAUGUCGACAUUCAGCCCUCCGCCUCAGCAGCAGCCGCAGUCCAACUUCCGCCCGAACGCGCCGCCCAGAGUCCCCUCGCCAGUGGGGUACGCGCCCGUACCGCCGCCGCGGGUGCCCUCGCCGCUGCCGCCGACGGGGCAGCCCAACUCGCCGCCAAAGACCAACUCGGACUGGCGGUCGUACCUGCACGGUUUGGGGAAUGUGAACGGCCCCCCGCCGCAGGCUCCGGCACCGGCACCGGCGCAGCAGCAGGGGGGGGAGUGGUACCCGCCUGCGGGCGGGUCGUCAAACACGAUGCAGCACGCGCAGGCGCAGACUGGGUAUGCGCCGCAGCAGUGGUGAUUUGAGGACGAGAUAUAGAAGUGCAUGCACGUGUGGUGUGGGGAG